CUUAUUUUUACGCGCUUGCGCAAGUCUGUGUUGUGAUUUUGACAGUUUCAACAUGUCUGCCUCCUUAGUGCGAGCGACCGUCCGAGCGGUCAAUAAAAGAAAGAUUUUACCCACACGAGCCGCGUUAACAUUGACUCCAGCAGCUGUGAACAAGAUUCGAUCUCUGCUGCAGGACAAACCAGAAUAUCUCGGUUUGAAAGUUGGGGUGAGAACACGUGGCUGCAAUGGACUAACGUACACACUGGACUACACAAAACAGAAGGACAAAUCUGAUGAGGAGGUGCUGCAGGACGGUGUGACGGUGUUUAUUGAGAAAAAGGCUCAACUGACCCUUCUGGGAACUGAGAUGGACUUUGUGGAGUCAAAGCUGUCCAGUGAGUUUGUCUUCAACAACCCCAACAUCAAGGGCACGUGCGGCUGUGGAGAAAGCUUCAACAUAUGAAAAGCUCCUCCCCUCCAUCAUGCCACGCCCUCCCUGCACCCGAGACACUGCCGACGAGGAAAUGUGCUGACCCGCGGACACGGACAAGCCCCAGCUCAUGCAGAACGCUCACACAUGCGUACAGUAAAAUCCAAGUUUGCCUAUUCUUAGCCUUAAAGGAGAAAUGGAAACACCCUUAUCAAAUCCGUUUAGUCAGAAAUAAGUUAAUUCUUUCUCCUGUGAUACUGACAGAUGCUAUUUUUGUUCUAAACUCUGCAUCAUAAAGAAAAAACACAGAAGAAAAAUGUUUUUAAUGAAGAGGGAGUUCUAUUUUUACACAUUUGUGUAAUUAUUUUCUUAGCCCUUCAGCCAAUUCUUUACAAAAAGAAGAAAGAAACAUGUUGAUGGUUGUAGGUCCACAUCCUGAGGCGGAGCCACAUCAGCUGUGAAGGAAACGCUCUGUUCAACAGGUGUAGUCAGGCAGUAUUAGGCAGAAAACCAAGGGGGGGUCUCAAAGCUGUUUUACCUCUUAGUAGUGGGAAAACUAUAUUUAUCUGUGUGUAAAUACGAUUUGUAAAUUCCUUGACCACCACAUACGCACAAAGAAAACGCAACAACGCACAAAAGAACGCUACCCUUCAUAAAGUACACAGGUUAAUAAUUCUUACUUUGCUUCUUUAAAGUGAGAGUUUUGUGUUUUUAAGGACUUCUGUGCUUUAAGGAUUUGUAACCUGUGCAAUAUUCCUCUGUAUAUAUGAAAUAAAAGCUAACGGAAGAAAUG